AUAAACUGGCGGGAAGAAGUUGAGGCUAAUAGCCCGCUGGCUAAGCGACUUCCGAUAAGGACCCAACUUUUCCAUGCUCGCCCAUUACUGUACAGCUCUCACCUCCAACAGCAAAAACUCUUGUCUUUUCUUUUUCAGAAUUACAAAACACUCUAGUCUUUGUUCCACUCUCCAAAACCCCAAAAGAGCAAUGCCUCCUACUUCAAAAGCCAGAAUCAUCGCCGAGUACGCGAAAUCGAGCAGGUCAUCGUGCAAGACAUGCUCGAAAGCAAUAUCUGCUAAGGCCCUCAGGUUGGGUUUGGUCAGUAGAGACUCAAGAGGGUUUGAUAUGACCAAAUGGCAUCACUUGGGUUGCUUCUCUGACAAGAUUGACUCUACCGAGCACAUUGGAGGGUUUGAUUCUCUCCAGAGUUGUGAUCAGGAAGCCCUGAAGAAAUUGGCGGAACAGGUUUCAAAUGGAGAUCAAGAUGUUGAAAUAAGCCGGAAAAGUUCCAAGAGAACAGAUGAAGAUGCGGAAGAAAGUGAACUGGAGAAAAUAAAUACGAAGAAAACUAAGUUGUCAAUAGCUAAUGAGGAAGCCAGCCUGGACAUAGCCUUUUCACUCUCCGAUGUUAGGGACAAUUAUAAGGACGCUACAUUAUUACCUAAAUGGAAGGCAUUUCAGACAAUUAUAUUUCUUGAACGGGAUGAUGGUCUCCGUGAUUCGAAUAAAAUUGCUGCAUUUGAUUUUGAUGGCUGUCUCGCAAAAACAUCUGUCAAGAGAGUAGGUGCAGAUGCUUGGUCCAUCAUGUUCCCCUCAAUACCAGACAAGCUGCUGAGCUUAUAUAAUGAUGGCUUCAAGCUGGUUAUAUUCACAAAUGAAUCCAAUAUUGAUCGCUGGAAGAACAAAAGGCAGGUAGCUGUGGACUCAAAAAUUGGACGCCUAAACAACUUCAUCAAGCAUGUCAAGGUUCCAAUCCAGGUUUUUAUAGCUUGUGGGUUUGAUGGUAAAGUAGAAGAUCCCUUCCGCAAACCUAAACCUGGAAUGUGGCAGAUUAUGGAGAAACACUUUAACUCUGGCAUCUCCAUUGAUAUGGAUCAAUCCUUUUAUGUUGGUGAUGCAGCAGGGAGACCCAAUGAUCAUAGCGAUGCUGACAUAAAAUUUGCAAAGGUUAUUGGAUUGAAAUUCCUUGUCCCAGAGGACUACUUUGGUGUCUAAGAAUUCGUGGUUAGUGACAGUGGUUCUUGAUGUAUGACUAACAAGAAAAGAUCCAGAUCAAAGUUGUAAUUAGCGUCGCCAAUGAUCUUACAUCUCUUUUUUGUACUGGAAGCUGCUGAUAUGCUUUGGAUUGAUUCAUGCCAAGUCGCUCUCCGUCUGCAUCCCCAGGCUUCUUUCUAUUGUAGGUAUUAAAAAGUUUGUAACAGAACUUGCAAAACUAAACGUGGUUAAACCAUCAAUAACUUGGAGAGGCUAACUCUGUUUUGAA